AUGGAAACAUUGAGUCUAGACGACCAGUAUGAUGUUAAAAUUGUUUUUGAACCGCCAAAAACUAUCUGUAGGUGUUGUUUAACCACUGAUAAGCGUAUGAACAACGCCGUGGCUUACAAACAGUUAUUUAAGGAUUUAGCCGGAUUAAACGUAACGGAGUCAGAUGGUCUACCGCAGUGGCUCUGCUACGAAUGCAGUGCGCUACUACAGAAGUCUGUCAGGUUCCAACAGAAGGUCCAGAAGGCACAUACUAUGCUGUACGAGUAUCUUGCACGAUGUGCUCCAUUCCCAAUAGAGCCGCAAGAUGAGGAGUUGACAAAAUACGCGAGUCCACACUUUUGUACGACCAGAGUAUUAGCUGUAGAUAUUGUGGGCAAAGGGAAGGUGGGGCAGUUCGAGGUUUUCGAGCAUGAGAAACACCAUCAGCAUUCCGCCUUAGACGAUAUAAUUAUUAAUAAAAUUGAAGAAAAUGUUAAGGAAGAAACUGAAUUCACAGACUACGAAGACAAUAUGACUUUAGAAGAAUUUAGAUCUGUGGCUAAUAAAAUAACUGAAGACGACAUAGCGUCCCUUCUUCAAGACACAGAGCAAGUAGAAGUAAAGCCAGAGGCAGUCACAAAGAAGAAGAAGAUUAGAACGAAAGAGAUUAAGAAAAAGAGAAAAGAUAACAAUGUUAAUAUAGAUUCAGCGAAGGAGGAUUCUGGUGGCGAACCGAAGUCUUCGAUAAGGAAACCGGUAGAAUUGGACCCUAGUAAGAUACGAGUGGUCACUUUGAACCCAGAGGAGCAAAUCAAACAGAGACAGGAAGAAAGUAAAAACGGUAAAAAAUAUCCGUUUCUAUGCAAUUUGUGUUAUAAAGGCUUUAAUUUUGAGUCUAAAUUGCAAAAUCAUAUGAACAAGCACAGUCCGUCUCGAGGGCCGUAUGAAUGCAAGAUAUGUCACAUGUAUCUGCCUACGUCAUACAGUUUUAGUGUACACUCACUCAUACAUACACGGAGAUAUGAAUGUUUAGUCUGUGGCCGGCGGAUGAUCGACAAACCGUCUAUUAUUGAACAUUAUAGAACACAACAUGAAGGGUUACUAGUAAUUUCACGUGUCAAAUAUGCGGUAAAGUAUCUAAUAAUAGUAAGACACAUAGAAGCCACAUGA